AUGACUCAAUACAGACCUCAGGAAGACCUGAGUAAGCGUUUCUGGGUCCAUAAUCUGCAGGAGCUGCGGCGAAGUGCCUCACUGGCCACCAAGGUCUUUAUCCAGAGAGACUACAGCGAUGGGACCAUCUGUCAGUUCCAGACCAAAUUCCCCCCAGAGCUGGACAGCCGGAUUGAGCGGCAGCUCUUUGAGGAGACCGUGAAGACGCUCAACAGCUUCUACGCAGAGGCCGAGAAGAUCGGGGGCAGCUCCUAUCUGGAGGGCUGCCUGGCCUGUGCCACGGCCUACUUCAUCUUCCUCUGCAUGGAGACCCACUACGAGAAGGUUCUGAAGAAGAUCUCACGAUACAUCCAGGAGCAGAAUGAGAAGAUCUUUGCCCCUCGAGGCCUCCUGCUCACUGACCCCGUGGAGCGCGGGAUGAGGGUUGUAUCCUUCCUGGCUGUUCUGUGCGAGGGCACAGAGCUGCUGACCAGUGGGCUCCCUGGUGAGGACCCCCAGAAAUAG